AUGGUAAGCCGCGAAGACCGGACAAGCCAGCCGUCGCGCGCCGCGGGCGAUUUUUCGUGUCAUGCAAUCCACUCCUUUGGGCGACCGAAAAAGACUUGUUCCCGCAGCAGCGGCGGCGUGUCGAGGUCGAAAUACACAUCCCGAGCCAAGGGGACGAACGGUUCCACCCACGUGUGCGAAAUCUGGGGCUCCAUUGGUUCAAAUGGAGACUAUGGACCCCCCAUCUGGAUCCCACCCCAGAGACAACUGGGAACCGGACCCUGGCUUAGUCUGGCAGGUCUGGACAGGACUAGCUGGGGAGGAUCGGAAAGCGUGGUGCGACAGCGGUGGCAAUCGAGCGCUGCUAAUUGGCUCAACUUCGUACAAGGUUCGAGCAAUCUUCAACUCAUCAGACUGACGAAAUGCUAUCUUCUCGCUCUCUCCGACUACUUAGAGAGGUAUCUCAUAGUCUCAUUGAGCCUUGAGGGUCCUGUGCGCAAAUACGCCAUGCGACAGCGGCAAGGAUAUCUGUACCAGAGAGCCGGAAUAGAGAGGAUACAUACGUACGACGUCGAUCUGGCUACGACAGGUCUGCCAACAGGGAACGCCGUCCGAGCACGUGGGUUGACGAGACUUGACUUUUACGACUCCAAACUCCCUUCAAUGUUGGGGGAGGGCAAUAUCGACAUUCCUAGACGGGCGUCGCCGUCGCACGCCCGAAAGCUUGGCCUCCUUCUUGGCGGUGGCAUCAUCGCGCGACCUCAGUGGUAA